AAACAACUUUUAAAUUCGUCACUUCCCCCAUCAUUUUAUUUCUACUACAAAAAAUUUCAAAAAUAAAUUUCGACUAAAUUUCGACCCUUUUAGUCAAGACUUGUUAGUUGGCUUGGGAAGUGAUUCACCAAACCGGUAUAAAGUGUUUCAAAUUGCAAGAAGCGAAGUUUGUAAAUAUUUUAAAGGUUCUAGUUAAAAAUAGUUUUUUAAUAAAUUGGAGGUAAAUUUCGUGCUCCGCAGGAUUAAUUAGUUUGGCCAAGUUGGUUUAAGAUAAGAAUUGCUUAAUUGAGAAUGACCAGUCCUAGUAGUCAACCUCAAAAUCGCAGGGGAUCGAUGAAGCACGGUGAAAUAUUAAAUGUUCUCAGAAAUUCGCCAAAAGGACAAUUACAUUAUGACACUGGAUGGGAUGAAAUGGGAUAUUAUGCUGUUGCGAAUUUGAUUUCUACAACCCAAGCUGAGGAGGAUUCUGUCAAAAUCGCCGUAAUAGAACGGGUGAUCCGAGUAACAAAAUGGUCUGAAGAACGUCAAGCAUUACGAGACAGUGAAGUAUCCCCAGUAGGAACAAGCAGUGGGAGUGGAAGUCGAUUGACCCUGUGCGAGAAUGGAUAUCAUCGCCGCCGAUCCACGAAUAAUAAUGGAAUUGAUGAAGAUUCGCCAGAUUCACUAUGUAUAAAACCAAGACGAAGAGGAUAUGGAAUCAGGGAGGACGAAUAUGAUGACGAAGCAAUAGAACGAGAUUUUCAAAUGCAACAAAUGACUGAUCAAGUUAACCACAUUGAGGCCCACCUUCGCCAUUACAAUGUAAUUAACGAACGUCUUAUUCAGACUGCAAAUAAGAAUAGUCAGAAACAGAAAGACAAAAUCUUUAAGGAUCUUAACGAGAGUUUAGAAGCACUUAACGUCAGUUUAGAAGACACCGACAUUAAAUAUCGAGCAAACUUAAGCAGGCAGAGUUUACGGAACUUGGAACUUGAAGCUCAAGUCUUGGCGGAUGUCUCUGCUAAAGAAACCCUUUGGCAGACUGAAAAUGAAGCCCUUGAUCGUGAAUUUGAACUUAAAAAGAAACACAAACGGGAACAAAAGGCAAAAGAAAAUGCUGCCGCACAAGCGAGGGAAGCUGCAGCAAAAGCAGCCGAGGAACGAGAACGUCAACUAAAAGUUCAACAAGAACAAGCCGCCGCGGAUGCAGAGGCUCUCAUUGCUCGACAAAAAUUGGAAGUCGACGAAGCAAGAAAGCAGGAAGAAACGCUAUUGGCCCAACAGGAAACAUUAUUGGCCGCAGCAGCAGCAGUAGAACAACAAACGAAACAAGCUCAAUCAAAACCGGAAGCUGCCACAAUUGGUGAAACUGUGCUUCCUGCCGCUCUACAAGGAUUCAUUUUGAAGGAAGACUGUGAUAAAUAUAUGCGAUGCAAUUCCCUGAUUCAAAGUUAUGAACAUGCAACGAAGGAUAUAUCUGCAUCAUCGGACAAUUCCACCAUCAAAAAAUUUUAUAGUGGAGCCAGCAAAUGUAUCAACACACCUUUAAAUGCUGUUGCAAAUACAGAUCCGGGACAAAUCUCGGCAAAAAUUACACAUUUCAUAGACUUGAUUGAAGGGAAACCGGUGUACGCUAGCUCUACAAUGACUACUCCAUUCACAUCUUCAGUUCUUCCAAAUGGAAAAUUGUUCGUCAUUCGCCUACUUGCCUUCAGAUUUGUGAAGAAGGCAGAAUCUGAAAUUUUAUCCGAGAAGAAAGGGUUCGUACCACUCGCCGCAAUAGCUCAACGUCUUAGCAGGAAAUUCCCAGAGUGGGGCUCUCUUGUGCAGGCGUACUUUUACAAAUUAUGCCCAUUUUUAGUCCCCUUUAACCUCCCUCGAGGCGACCUGAGCUUGCAAGAAUAUUGCAACAGCUUAGGCUACGACUUGAAAGGAAGUGACUCUACGUUAUUAAACGAAAUGUUGGCAAGAAUUAAAGGAUACUGUUCGUUGUACGCAAUAAUGGUUCAAACCUUUGAAAAAAGUCAACAACUCGACAUUGGAGAUGCUACCUCAUUCUUCACAAUUGGUGGUGUUUGGGAAAUUCUUACAAAAACUAUGAGACUUGACCCUCAACCCGAUGUGACUGUGAUGGUCUAUCAAACCCUACUGGAACUCUUGUCAGAUAGACUCAAACAAGUAUACGGACUGCAAUUUAGCAAAUUAAUGCAUGUUUUGACUUCGGGGUAUCUUCCUAAGAUAAAUAAUAUAAGCGUAGGAGCAUCCCAGUCAGGAGUUGUUCGAUUUCAUACAUUUUUAGAAGAUCAAUUUCGUAGACGCUAAAAAUAAAUCAGAUUUAAAUAUCCGUCAUGAAUGCAGCAAUCUAUCGUGUUUUAAAUGCAGAUCUGUAAUUUGUAAUAAUAUUUUUACAUGACAGAAAAGGAAAGUUUUUUAUAUAUAAUUGUACCUAUUAUUUAUUGUAAGUUGAGAUAUUAUGCAUUCAUUCGAUAUUAUAAUUAUUAUAAUGAUCACUGAAAUAAAAUGCAGAAGAGAUCGUAUUUCUCUCAUUACAA